AGUAUGCCUCAGGAGCGGGGCUCGGUGGGACUGGUGGGACAAAGAACUUUUACAAUGAACAGGAUAAGGAUCCACGUUUUACCUUCGAGUCGGGGCAGGGUGACCCAGACGCCCCGUCCUCAGGAACCUCAAGCCUGCGCCUUCACCCAGCGACCCUGCUCCCAGCAACGCUUGGACGGCCUGGAGUUCUGCAUCAAACACAUAUUAGAGGACAAAAAUGCCCCCUACAAACAGUGCAGCUAUGUCUCCAGUAAAAAUGGCAAGCGCUGCCCCAAUGCUGCUCCAAAGGUUGACAAAAAAGAUGGAGUGACAUUCUGUGCGGAGCAUGCUCGAAGAAACGCCAUGGCCCUCCGUGCUCAGAUGAAAAAGGCAUCCUCCGGUCCAUCCCCAGAAGCACUAGUAUCCCAGCUUAGCGGAUACAGCCGUGCAGAAACACACCAUCUUCACGGAGGUCACAGUGAAGGAAGUCACAUUCUAGAUGAGGACAGUUGGAGUGAAGAGGAGCAGGGACCUCUUGUUCUCGACCAGACAUGGAGAGGAGACCCUGACAGCGAGGCUGACAGCAUUGACAGUGAUCACGAGGAUCCUCUGAAACACGCAGGAGUGUACACAGCAGAAGAGGUGGCGCUGAUCACCCGUGAGAAACUCAUCAGGCUCCAGUCUCUUUACAUUGACCAGUUCAAACGCCUACAGCACCUUCUCAAAGAGAAGAAGCGUCGAUACCUGCACAACCGCAAGGUGGAGCAUGAGACCCUUGGGAGCAGUCUACUGACUGGGCCUGAGGGACUGUCUAUGAAGGAGAGGGAGAACCUGAAGAAGCUAAAAGCCCUGCGCCGUUACCGCCGCCGGUAUGGUGUGGAAGCCCUGCUGCACAAGCAGCUUAGGGAGAGGAGGCAGGCUGCCACAGAAGGAGCUCCUCAGCCACACACACGAACAAUGUACGAGAAAUGCAUCUCUUAUGUGGAGGGCACCCGAUGUACCAAUCCCUGUCUGCCUAUGACCCGACACUGCAUUUCACACAUCUACCAGGACAGCAAUCAGUUGCUUUUCAAGAUAUGUCCGGGGUUGACUGAUGUCCCGUGUGACCGCACCGUGCACAUGGGUCAGUCUGAAGAACCCCGCUGCCCACUUCACCUCACCUUGCCCCCUCCUAUAUACCAGCCUGAACAGGAGCCUCCACCACAGGAGCAGCUGACCCUUGCAGCCAAAGACAUGUAUCUCAGUGCAGCAGAGCUUCAGCCCACUGAGAGCUUGCCCCUGGAGUUCAGUGAUGAUCUGGAUGUGGAAGGAGAUGGUAUGCAGGGUCCCCCGUCGCCUCUUCAGUUUGACACAGCCCUGGCCCUGGAGGACCAAACCAUCAGAGCCAUCGCUGAAGCGCCCAUGGACAUUCUGACCGGAGAGGACCCAGACCAAGUUGAUCUGGAUACCUCUGGACAAGAGCUGUCGGACAGAGAUGUGGACACUAUUGUGAAUGACCAGGUUGUGGUAGGAGGAGAAAGGGAGGCAACAGAGAACUCGCUGCUAGACACAGCAUCAGUCGACGAUCCAAGAUGAAAAGAGAAGCUUCUGCAAAGUAGAACAAUUUCACAAAAACUGUUGUCAAUUCGACCAGUUGGAAACCAGGCUGGAAGGACAGUGAACAUCACCUUAAAAGAAAUCACAACCAAGCCUUUUCAGAUCACUGCCUGUCAUACUACUACUGUCCUCAUAGAUUGUAAUUCAGUUAGUCAUCUUUGGGUACAUAUAAUGUUUCUGCUGAUGUCGGUCUGGUCUUACAUCCCUUACAGUUAAUACCAAGGCACAUGUAGUUUCAGUCCUGCAUCACUUUGUCCACAUUUGCAAAUUGUCGAUUGUCUGCUAAAUAAAAGAUGGUGCACUCUUUUAAUAACUAUUGAGGGUGAAUGUUCAGUAAACAAA